CAGGAUAUCAUAUGUAUCGCUAACGUCCAGCACAAUUGUAUCGAUGCGAAAUGCACGGACCUCUCUACCAAGCGUCUAUGGCAAGAACGGACCCAAACGGACCGAACAUCAAGCAUCGUGAAGCACCAAAUAUCACCGCACUAUCUCCUCAACAUGUUCUCCAUUCACAACUACCAGCAUCUUCAUUCUCUUCUCCCGGAAUCCCUCUCCGAGACGCCA